AUGCCCGCGGGAGCGCUCGCUCUGGUCGCCUUACUAGCUGCAGCUGUUUCGUGCGCACCGUCAAUCCAGGACUUGAGGACCGACAUAACCAUCAUUCGAGACAACGAUCUGCUGGACUUGAAAAGCCCUACGGUAAAUGCCAGCGCUCUGUUCCUCCGCAGCAGAGUGCCUUUCAGCGAGGCGAAAGCCGCGUGCAACAUGCUGGGCGAGCAGUUGUGGGCUCCCCAGUCGAACAGCACCAAGAGGAUCCUCUCGAUCCUCGACUAUCAAGAGGCGGAUGUCGAUUUGUCCGCAAUAUGGGUAGCGCCGAACGAGGACGACGGUCCGAAGACGAUCAACCUGAUGGGUGAGAUCUCCUCCGCCAGUGCCUCCGCUAUCAAUCCUGUCCUGUGUAUGCACACGGCGCCGCUAUCCAACGGCGUGACCCAGGACAAUACCGAAAAGUGGCAGGUGGUCGUUCACUCCAACAGGGAAGAUGUUCUCGGUUUUCGGGACAGGAAUAGCUUCCGUUUUCAGGGCAUGCGGUUCGCAACAAAAACAGAGCGCUUCGCCUAUCCCAGGAUGUAUCGAGGCUCCGGCGGUAAUGCUACGGCGCUCGAGUUCGGCUCUCCUUGCUACCAGGGGUUCGGCGAAGAAGAUUGCCAUUACCUGAACGUUUACACGCCGUAUCUUCCUCGCAACAGACGCAUCGACAACGGGCUGCGGCCGGUCAUGCUAUGGAUCUACGGCGGGGCUCUGACGAGCGGCUUCGGCAGUGACUCAUUAUUCGACGGAGGGAAUCUGGCUUCCCGUGGCGACGUUGUGGUUGUCACCAUCAACUAUCGCCUCGGAACUCUUGGCUAUUUGGCGCUAGACGACGGGGAGACGAACGGCAAUUUCGGUCUCGCCGAUCAGAUUCUGGCGUUGGACUGGGUCCGAGAACACAUUCGAGAUUUUGGGGGUGAUCCCGACAAGAUCACCGUCUUUGGCCAGUCCGCCGGUGCGGCCUCUGUCCGAGCCAUGAUGGCGUCGCCGAAAGCUGCUGGGAAGUUCGCAGCAGCUAUUCCUAUGAGUAACCUGGGGGGCAUAUCGUAUGGGGCAUCCUACUCCAGAUAUUUUUCGAUCGAAGAUCAGCUGGACCUUGUAGGAAAUGCCAUACUUGGCACCACGAACUGCGCCAACGCAACAUCGCAGGUCGGAUGCCUCCGGAAAGUACCUGUCGGAAGUCUCGGGCCCGGGGCGCGAUACCUCGUCAAUGACGGUGUUUAUCUGACGACGGACGAGCUGCAGCUGAAGGGCGAUCCUUUGAACGUCCAUGUGAUGAUGGGUAUUACAUCUGAGGACGGCUUGCCGUUCUUGAUCUUCCCGCGCAAUGGGACUGUCAUCAACGACACUCGCUGGCUUAUAUCGCAGGGUCUUCCGGCGCCUUCGGAGGACCUUUUUCCUCCGAUAGACAUGAAGAAUGCGACUCGGGCGGCGUUUGGUAUAGGUGCUCGGCUGGCAACUGACGCCAUGUUUCGCUGUGUCGACCAGGCCACUGUGUACGCAGGUUUGGAUAGCGGCGUGUUCGGGCCCGAGGUGUACUACUACGAACUCGAGCGGACGUACCAGACGCCAGAAUGGCCGAGGCUCGACAUCUGUGAGGCACCCAAGUCUGAGGCGCAUCCCACGGGAGACCCUGACUCGGCCAUCAACAACCUACGAUGCCACUCGGGCGACCUGCUACCGCUCUUCGGCAACAUCGUGCGUCAGGGGAAUCCAUUGCGCGAUGAAAACGACUUGCCUUGGCAGCAAUACCUCGUCGACACCAUCACUUCAUUUGCCAGGACAUAUAAUCCCAACCCGGAAAGGGCGUUUCUCGAGGCGAGAGGGUUUGAGAGCACGCUGAAGGCGCAGGAGAAGUCGGGCUCAUGGCAGCCGUCUGUAAGAGGUGAGAUGAAGAUGAGAAUAAUCGACUGGCCUGUGGAGCGUAACAUGAUGAGGAGUUUCAAGGAUAUCGAGCAGUGCAAAUGGUUGAAGUUGCCGCUUGAUUAUUACGUUUGA